GCUUUCAGAUGAGCGUACGUACAACAGCCCGGGGUCGAAAGGCCAAGGGAAGGCCUUGGGGCUUGUCAUGUAUGCUUCAUCCGCCAGUAAUGUAAAGCUGUACUGUAUUGAUGGAUUGGAGGAGAAGCUGGCGCGCUGCAGACAGAGUAUGGAGGAGGUGGAUCUUAAACUGCGCAGGGAGAAGCUCAGCCCUGAAGGAAGAAAGUCACUGGAGAGAGAGAGAAACUUACUAAUGACCAAAGCUGACAACUAUGAGAAAGAACUGAGCGUGCUUCGUAAGGAAAAUCGCAAGAAUGCCACCCUUGCUGUGGCCAUGGCGUUGCUGAUUGCUCUUAUUUACGCCUGCUGGACGAUAUGA